UACUAUGUCCCCGUCCCUCACAUGGCUACCCUACCUAUGAGGCAGCAUAGCAGGCAUUCUCAUUCGACAUCGGAACUAUGCUAUGCAAACCUCUCGCGAAUAUAAGCCGUCCGAAAAUAGUCAAGAAGUUCAUGGGGUGCUCGACCUUGCGCAUUCCGAGGUUCUGCCUGACAUGUUUGGUGCAGCAGACGACGUGCCAGUAGAGCAGCCGCCGCGGCCCGAGAUGGUGCACCAAGUGAUCUAUGCCAUGCGGGGCUGGAUCGCCUUCGUAGCCUUCAUCGACGUGGGGAUGGCUGUGCAGUGCUACCUGGACGCCGAUUCCUUCCUCGGGUCGCAGCUCUACACGGCCGGGGACAUCGCCGAGCACGUGAAUCCGGCCAUGUCGCGGCUCCUGGGCACGCACCGCAUCCUCAGCGCAGUCAUCAUGACUCACUGCGCGCUCUGCAUCCACCAUAAGCCGAUCCUGAGCAUGGCGCUGUGCAGCUGCCUUCUCACCAUCGCAGCGAACGGCACGGAGACGCUGUGGUACCGCACGGCGCCCAUUAACUUCUACACGCUCUUCCCCGUCGCUAUUGCAGCGAUCACCAUCGUGGGGCUGUGCAUCGCGCCGACCUUCCUGAAGAGCCCCGAGAUCGAGGCCGAGGAGGAGAAGCACCUGCUCAAGCUGGGGCUGCCCAGGAAGAAAUGUUGGAACAAGAAGCGGACCUGAUGUUCCAGUGUUGUCGGGUCGGCUGACAGCACCGCCACGGGUGUUGUCAGGCCGACUGCUUCCUUCCUCAGCGUUUUCGAGUCGGUCAGCCCCUCCAGCAGCGUUGUCAACUCGUCGGUCGGCUCAUUCGACUUCGAUGUCGGGUCGACGCAUCCCAUCGGAAGUGCUGUUACAUCGACCUUUUUCGCCAGGAGAGUUAUCGGAUCGACAAGCUAUGCCAGAGGAGUCGCCGAGUCGCACAGUCCUGUCAGGAGAGUCGCCAUCAACUCUUCCAUAUGCAAUUCCGGUUCCACCAGAAGAGGCGGCGUGUCUGCCGGUCCUUCCGCAAAAUCGAUUGGCCUCUUCAACUCAGCCGGGUUGAAUAGCUUCGCAGAUUCGGUGUCCGCGGUCAUCAUCCGCCGCUGGAGGGUUUCCCUGUCCAGAGCCUCCGGAAGUGACGUCAGAAAGAGUUCAAGUUUCGGUCUCUCCGCCUGGCCUCGUCUCGUCGGUGGCGAAGUCGAGGGCGCCUUCGCCUCCGACAUCACGUCCGGGCAUCCCGCCUCCCGCCGCGUCGGGCACUUCCCCGCAGGCUCUCGCGCUCCCGCCGAGCUCUGCCGAGUGCUCGACGCGGUCCCUGGCUCGCGCGGCCUGGCCAGGUGCUUCCCUUUGCUCGCCUUUUGGCUGCUCGACGCCCGGAAGACGCUGGCGUGGGCCGGGCCGCUCGGGCUCGUCAGAUAACGGUGGCGCCGUGCGAGGAAAGACGAGAAGCGAAGACCUUGCUCGCUUGCGGAUAUUCUCUUCAGUCGAAACUGGAGGUUACUUUCCAGAGGACUUUUAUUUCGAUUCAGCUGCUGCAGAUGCCUUUUUCUUGGCUGACCAAUGGCGUGUCUUCAGCAAGGUGCUUUUGAAACUGCGCGCUUCACAAGAGAUGCUUGUUGCGUUGCGUUUUUAGUGCUGGAAGACGGCGCCUGCGUGUUACACCAAGACUGGCUUCAAGGAAUAAGUUGAGAAAAUAACGCAUAUCUGACUGAAAUUACGAACGACACCAAGAAAUACGUAGCACGAAACUCCAUCGAGUCUUCCGAGCUGUGUGGUUCCCUCGUCGGGCCCAACACCUCGAAAGAGAAAUACUUCAGACAGAUUGAUAUGCAAUGAAACCACUCAAAGUGACGUCUUUCCAAGCGUAGCAUUUCGCACCGAGUCUGCGAUGUGUGUGCGAGAAAGCAAGAAGUAGUCUCGUUGUUCCGGGCUGUAUCCAAGGUACAAUUCGUGGCCAAAGUGUAUAAGGCGUGUGUGUCGGCUUGGCGCCACUCUCAGGCAGAUUGCAUGUGUCGACCUGUUCGCUUCUGAUGCAUCCAAAAGGUAUUUUAUUGUAAUUCAUAGCACCUGUUUCAUACAGAAAGUAUUCCCGAUGUUUGCCAUUUUUUUCUACAUUUUUUAUUAAUAAAGUUGUUAAAAGAUGAGUUUCUCAGCGCGUAGGCUAUGAUUUUUUAUAACAACAGUGACUAUAAUAGAUGUAUUUUGUAUGCCAAGAGUGAAAAGCUAUCAAUAAACAGCUACUCGUAUAUAUGCUGUGAAA